AUUCUUACUGAAUUAAAUGUUGCUACUGAUUGUAUAAUGCCUUUUUCAGGACAUCGUACUCUUAAUGGUGUAAUGUCUUACCAAACUUUUACGCCACAAGUAAUGCAUAAUACGGUGUCUUUAAUUAUUCCAGAUCACAAUUUUUCUGAAUUCAACAAUAAUGAUAAGAAAGAAGAUCACAAUAAAGAAUAUUCUGGUAAUCAGAAAGAAAACCACAAUAAAAAUUAUAGUAAUAAGGAAGAAAUUCACAAUGAUGACAAUAAAAAUGAGAAUGCAAAUAAAAAAA